AUGACGGCCACCGACGGCAGCGACGAUGCGUCGGACAGCUCCGUAUCGAACGGGUUCGGCGGCAUGGGCGGCGAUGGCGGCGGAAACGAGACGAUGGAAAUCACAGCCUCGAUGGCAUCAACAAUGUCGAAAGCACCGACGGGCGAGCCACCAAUACGAGAUCCAGACGAUGACGACGGCCCCCCAAUACCACAUGAUGUGAGCGGACUGCGGCUGCUGUCCCGCUCGCCGCACCCCUACCACCACCGCAACAGCGACCUCCUCCACCCAGCCGACCGCAUCGAAGCGCAUGCGCACGCAACUGAAAUAAACAACACACACGACACGCCCGACACACUUCACACAGCUGGUGCAGCUGACACAUCGCACCCGGCCCAUGCUGCUGGGUUCCAGGCCGUGGUUGGGGCCAUCCCGUCCCCUUCAUCCGCACUGUCGCUGGCGUCGUUUGCGUCCGGGUUUGGCUUCUUCAAAGACUCGUCGCCCGCUAGCGACAGCGGCACCGAGGCCGACGACGAGCACUUUCUCAAAGGCCUGCCCGCGCCGCGAUCGAAGCCACACAAGGGCCUGCGCGGAAUGAACGAGGUGCUGUCGGGCAUUUCGACGCCGCUACUGCCCGUGCCGCUACAUAGUUUCGGUAGUGGUGGUGGUGGUGGUAAUGUUGGCAGUGCCCACGAAAGCGAGCAGCAUCGUCGUUCACGAAGUGGGAGGAAAAGGACAGGGAGGCUGGAGCAACGCGACAACGGCAGCGGCGUGGACACGGAUGGCGGCGAUAGUGUGGCCGGCAGCGUCUACAGCUUUGUGGGGGACGACGCGCAGGACAAACAACUUGAUAGAGCUGCCACACCUGGCCGCGACGUCAACGCUCACGGCGAAGGACGGCGUCCACAGGGCCACACGCCCAUAUCCCCGCAAACGCUCUUCCAGAAGCUGAAGCGCGAUGCCGUCGCUGCAUCUGCCGCUCUCGACAGUCGCGACAAGGAUCGUCGUCAGGGCAGGGGCAGCGCCGAACGCAGCCGCCGCCGCCGCGAGAUCGUCCGCCGGUCCACCGAACUGCUGCUGCUCGUCUCGUUGGCCGCCCUGCUCUUCUCGAACCCGGACGUGCGUCCCUUGCUCCUGCACUGGCGCUACGAGCUGCAGGCCGUGACGGCUGUCAUCGGCGGCCUGCUCUUGCUCUACCCAUUGCGUCUCAUCCUCUGGGUGCGCCACUACGAAACGCGUGGCAGAGGUGACAAUGCCGAGGAGCAACCCCCGAGCAACCCUCUUCGCCAGCUCAUCGCCAUCCCGGCCUCUUUCGACCCGGCCCCUCUCUUCUACCCGCUGACCAUUCCCGUUUUCGUCUCCUUUUUGCUCGCCACGCCGACUUUGCACGCGGCUCCCCUCCUCAACCUCGUCUUGAGCAUCUGCACGCUGCCCAGGCCUCUACUUCCCUUCUCGCUGUCCACGGAGCUCUGCAGCCCGGUCCACUGGACCCUCUCUAUCGUCCCUCUUACGGUUGCUGAGGCUCUGCCCUCGUCCUUCAAGGGACGCGGUUUGCAUUCCACCAUUCAAACGCCCGUCGCGCCACUCUCGCCCGACCUGGCCACCCUCAUCUACCCGUUGCACCAGACCUUGUGCUGGCUGCUGCACGACUUGACGACGACCAGCCUGCUACCCGCCGAGCUACAGCUGCUGUCCGUCGCCCUCAUCAACCUGCUCUUCCUGGCUACCUCGCCCCAGGCCGUCAUUCUGCAGGCUCUCCUCUGGGCCGGCGGUGUUAGCAUCCUCGUACUCGGCGGUGGCGUUGUCCGUCGCGGCAUUCUCCUUGCCCGCAUCCCUCGCUGGCGCUUUCGAAGGGACGAUCCCAGCGCCCAAAAAACCGACAGCCUUUGGUGGCUGCUGUCGCCUGCCGCUGUCGUGAGCCGUGUCUGGGCCGAGCUCAAGUCGCUGCGGCGCGCGCGACUCGAGUUGAUGUAUGGUCCAGGCCCGGGCGGCUCGGACUUCCGAGGCAACAGCUUCGGCGACUCGGACGACUCAACCGACAAUGGCAACCACUCGCCGCCGCGGGAUGGCGGUGUCGUGGACGGAGCCGCAUGGAAGACUAUGCCGCACAAGAUGCCCAAGAUGCCCAAGAUGCACAACGCGCCAAAGACUGUGAAGCGUUCUGCGACCGUGGUGGCUGCCAGAUCGACCACCGCUCCUCUCGAUGCGACCGCCGAAGGUGCCAACGCUGGCGGAAGACCCCGCCGACACUCCACUACGCAAACCGUCACACAUACUCCCUCUGGCCGCCGCAAGCGCGCCACCUCGCCCACCAUCCGUGCCUUCUUCUCCCUCACGCACGAACAGGCCGUCCGUCGCAAGUGGCUCUAUGCCGCCUUCCUCUACGCCUGCAUCGCCUUUGUCAUCCUGGCCGGCAUCCGUCCCUAUGUCGCGGCAUUUGCGCUGCACGGCCGCGACCCCUUUGGCUGGGCGCUGGGCUACCUGUUUGGCGACAUCGACUGGUUCCGUCUCGAAGUCGUCAAGACCAACCUAGAGGGCUGGGUGUGUUUGCCGCCGCGCACGGUGUCGUCCAUGUCCUCGGCCCCCUGUCCCUCGUGUGCCGCCGGCUGGGUCGAGCACAUCCGCCAGGCCUGGCUCGGCGCCGCCACCACCCGUCUUCUGCUCGCGGCCUACUGGUGCAUCGUCAUCGUCUUUGGCCUUGCCGUUGUCUUCACCUUGUCGCCCGUCUACGAGGUCGACACCCGCCGCAAGGUUUUUCACUUUAUGAUGGUCGCCAUGCUCUUACCCGCCACCUUUGUCGACCCGGCCUACGCCGCCCUCGCCCUCUCUCUCGUCCUGGCUGUGUUUUUGCUGCUCGACCUCGUGCGCGCCAGCCAACUGCCGCCCCUGUCGCGGCCCAUUGCGACCUUCUUGACGCCCUACGUCGACGGCCGCGACCUGCGCGGCCCAGUCGUCAUUUCCCACAUCUUUCUACUCAUUGGCUGUGCCAUCCCGCUGUGGCUGUCCAUGGCUUCGUUGCCGCGGAUGCCGACGACUCCAGACACGCCCGGACCAUCGGAAACAUUUGGCAUACCCAGCGACGGCUGGAACGUCCCCACGCGUGAUGUCAGCAUGGUUUCCGGCAUCAUCUGUGUCGGUCUGGGCGACGCCGCCGCGUCCCUGAUUGGCCGUCGCUGGGGCCGCCGCAAGUGGCUCUGGGGCGGCGGCAAGAGUCUCGAGGGCAGCGCCGCGUUUGCCCUGGCGGUCUUUGCGGGCCUGAUGCUGGCGAGUUUGUGGCUGCGCGUGGGCGGAUGGGCAGCAACGGGGGAGGCCCUUGCGCCUGUGAGCGUGAGUGCAGCAAGCGUGGGAACGGAGGCGACAGGUGCAAGUGCAGCGAGCACAAAAAGCCUCGUCCACACUCUCAGGGCCGCGCUCCCUCCCUCCCUCCAGCGCGUCGUGUCGUGGAUCGGGUGCAAGGCUGCACAGUCGGUCGCGCCCCGCGCCGCCGUGUGUGCCUCCGUGGCCAGCUUGACCGAGGCCGUGCUGACGGGUGGCAACGACAAUGUUGUCGUGCCCGUCAUCUUAUGGACAUGUGUCAAGAGUUUUGGCUUAUAA